AGGUACACCCAAAGAAACUGCGAAAAAACGACACCACCCAAAGGACUAUAAAAACAGAUUGAACCUUUGGUAUCACACCAACAACCAUCUUACCACCAAGAUCUCUACUGACCUAGAAAGAUUAACAAGACUAUCUUAAAAUGUUGCCAUUGCUACUUUUAUGCAUUGUUGGUUCUGUCUUGGCUCAACAGUCUACUACUCAGACCUCAACUACAAAUUCUCAGGUAGAAUCUGAAGGCAAUACACAGACUUACCUCUAUCCCAUAGAUCAAACAUACAAUAAUCUCCAACCAGCUGCCCAACAACGGCGUCCAACCUACACAGCACCUAGAGCACCAGAAUCCUAUAGCUAUAUGCCAUACUCUUUCAAUUACGUAUCUAACAUGGAAGAUGGUUCCAGCUCCAGACAGGAAACCGGUGAUUCAAGUGGCAGAGUUGUUGGUUCCUACACUUUAGCCGUAGAAGAUGGUCGCCGUCGAGUCGUAGACUACAUUGCUGAUCAAAAUGGCUUCCGAGCAACCAUUGACACAAAUGAACCAGGCACUGAGGCACAGAGCCCAGCUGAUGUACAGUUCUAUUCAGCAGCUACAGGCCGAAGUAAUCCCCCUCAAACAUCUUACAGGCCUUACAACUCUUACAGACCAAGACCAAGUACCAUUUACAGUCAACCAAACGUACUUAGUCCCGUUUACCACAGAGAUGAUGUCCACGCACCAUACAGGCAUUACGACAACCAUGCCUGGGACAGAUAUGGGCACAAUGGACACAAUGGACAUGCUUACUCUUCCUAUUACGAUAAUAAUAAUUACAGGCAUUACUGGCACUGAUUUUUUAAUGCUUCUUGAAGUAAAACUGCUCACACAAGGUGAAUGGUGCUCAGUAUUUUGUAUUUAUUGUUAAAUAUUCUGGGUUAAAAAUGCAAUAAAGCAACUGUGGUGGCGAUAAGAAA